AUGGGAAGUCAGCCCAGCCGGAAAAAAAGGCUGCCGAGUGCCAGCUCCAACCUUUCUGCGCAAGACCAGGGCCCUGCGCCGGCGCCAGCGGCAGGAAGGAGUGGAGCCAGCGCCGUGGCCCUGGGCAGCUUCCCGGUGGGUGAGCCGACAGAGCUGACGUUGAGACUGGGGGAGCCCCUGACCAUCAUCUCUGAGAACGGGGACUGGUGGACGGUGGUGUCAGAGGCCUCGGGCAGAGGAUACAGCGUCCCAAGUAUCCAGGUGGCCAAGAUCUCCCAGGGGUGGCUGUAUGAAGGCCUGAGCCGGGAGAAAGCCGAGGAGCUGCUGCUGCUGCCGGGGAACCAAGGCGGGUCCUUCAUCGUCCGAGAAAGUCAGACCCGGAGAGGCUGCUACUCUCUGUCCAUCCGCCUCAGCCGCCCUACAUCCUGGGACCGCAUCAGACACUACAGGAUCCAGCGCCUUGACAACGGCUGGCUGUACAUCUCACCACGCCUCACCUUCCCCUCGCUGCAGGCCCUGGUGGACCAUUAUUCAGAGAUGGCGGAUGACAUAUGCUGCCCCCUCAAGGAGCCCUGUGUCCUGCAGAGGACUUGCCUGGUUCCCAGCAAGGCCAUACCCCCACCUGUGACUGUGAAGACGACACCUGUCAACUGGGAAGAGCUGGACAGCUCCCUCCUGCUGCUCUCGGACACCUCUGCCACGGGACCAGCGUCUCUCCUCAGUGAGGGGCUCCGGGAGGCGCUCAGCUCCUACGUCAGCCUGACGGAUGACAUCUCUUUGGAGGAUGCCGAGACACGAAGUAAAGGCCGGAAGGGGAACAAAGGUUACAGUAGUUAGAAUUCCAACUCAGCUCAGCCCGCCUGAGCACCCGAGGCAAGACUGCAGUGAGUGGGGAGGAGGCGCAGACAUGGCGCUAUAUCCCUGCUCCUGGCUCUCAGCGCGAGGCAGUCUGGAAGCUCUGGCUCGAGGCGGGGGCAGCAGGGCUGCAGAAGGUAAGCCCUCUCCACACAGCCAAGGCCAUCCGGUUCUUCAUCGUCCUGCAGCCCAGAGAGGGAAAGAGGCCCAGAUGGAGUGACUAAGGGACAGGAAGUUGAGGGAAGGGGACAGGAGAGCAUGACUCGAAUUCAAGGCCCAAGGUGAAGGAGAAGGGCUGUUCUAGGUACCAUCAAUAGAUUCUCAAUUAAAGAUCUGAUUUAUUCAAAUAUCUGAAAACAUUCUACAAUGGAAACUGUUAUUAGAAGCCGCUUGCACUGUGCUAAGCAUCACGCACGU